GCUGCCUCUGGAGAUGUCGUUGAUAGAGUUAUCAGGGUCUUUGGUUGGUGGCGGUCAUCGUGGCGUCUGUCAGACUCGUGUCUGAUAUUGUCUGAUGGAUGAUGGGUGUAGUAACGCCAUCAUUGCUGCCUCUGCCUCGACGUUGGUCGAGUCAUGCUGUCGAGAUCAUAGACCACCGAGUUCACCCGUCAAUGACAAGCUAGAUGGGAGAUAGGAAACGUAGUAUGGGUUCAGGAUCUAUAUUGAAUGCUUUCCAAAGAUGGUUGUUGAUGGAUGCGAAUAGAGUCGCGACUCCAGUCCCAAGACUUUUGACGACAACUUCUCCAGCAUCUCUCAGACCAAAAAAAUAAAUACAAAUCUCCGUCAUCACCAAAAACUCACAAGAAUGGCGCCAACCACUGCGAAACUUCUCGCCUCAUCAGGACUAUCGCUGCCUACCGAUACAUAUAUUUACUCAUUGGCCCGCACAGCAAGCCUUUGUGCCGCAAUAUCAUCUGACGAUUCACUUCGCUACUUCGAUCCUACAAACCUCUCGCUUGUGCAUAAGGUAUCAAAUGCACACCGAGGAAUCACAUGUCUAAAGACGACUUCGGAUGGCAAAGGAUUGAUCACAGCGGGCCGAGAUGGCACGGUCAGAUGUUGGGAUGAGAGGGCGAAGUCUGCUGGCGUGCAGAUGACUGAUCCUCGUGGAGCUGGCAUCUCUGCGUUGGCGUGUCGUGAUACGUUCAUUGCUGCUGGUACCGAGAGCACCAAGGAGGGAUUGGGUGAUGUUAGCGUUCUUUUGUGGGACACACGAAACGCUUCUCAGCCAUUGCAGGCAUACACGGAGAGCCACACUGAUACAGUGACCCAAGUGGCUUUCCACCCAACACAACAGCAAACACUGCUCUCAGGAUCCACAGAUGGCCUGGUAUCGCUAUUUGACACUACAAUUUCGGACGAGGAUGAUGCUCUGGUCCAAGUGCUCAACCACUGUGGUGCCAUCCACUGCGCCGGUUUCCUCAACGCCGAAGAGGUAUACGCCGUGAGCACAGAUGAGCAACUCUCAGUCUACACCCUAGGCAAACCUACAGACUCCGACGAAGCCACUCUACCAGUAACAGCCUUUGGAGAUGUCAGAGAACAGCUGAAGAGCAGUUAUGUGAUUGACGUGUUCCCCAACUCACCUUCAGCCUACAUCGCUACUGGAGAUACUGCAUCAUCACGCCUCACCCUAGUCCCACUAAACCCAAGCUGGUCCUUCGACAUGUCAGGUACCAUGGAUUUCCCCGGCGCUCACGGCGACGAAAUCGUUCGCGACUUCCUAAUCGACAACCACAACCAAAGAGUCAUUACUUGCGGAGAAGAUGGUCAAGUUCGUCUUUGGGCGCAAGAGGCACAAGCUCCUGUAGCAGAAGCAGAUGCCAUGGAUGUUGACAGGAAGAAGAAGCGCAAGGAUAAGAAAAAGGACAGGUUCAAGCCUUACUAGAUCUUGCAUGGCCUGCUCUUCAAUAUGCAGUCUUGUCCCACAAUAAGAGUUCCUCAUAAGGAACAGCUACCACAUAUGCUUCUCCGUGCGACAAAUUGAUCCAUCAGUCAAGCAAGAAACCGUG